GAUGUCAGCUGGAGGAGUGUAAACACCAACAUUUGUUGUGGUGUUACUGUGGCCUCACACUUACUCUCUCACACCUCACACUACACCUCCAGGUAACAGCACACGAGCAGCCUUCUGGAACGAAUUAUGGCCGAAACUCGAGGUACCACUGUAUAUUAACCACUCAUUAUAUGCUAAGGACAAAAAUAUUUUAAGAAUGCAUAGACUGUGCAGAAAGGAAGUUUUUCUCUUAGUUGUGGUGGGACUAAGCUGCUUGGUAGCACAAAUAAUCCCAGACACAAGCAGAAGUAAAAGUGGACCUGAUGGCAGCAGUAGCACCAGCACUAGCAGCAGCAGCAGUAGCACCACCACUAGCAGCAGCAGCAGUAGCAGUAGCGAUGGAGACAAAAAUAAGAAUAAGGAGAAUUUGAAGUCUGCCAAACUACCACCAUGCAGUGCCUGCAAGACCCUGACAGACUCUUUCAAAAAGGGAAUAGAGUCAACUGCUCGUGGAAAGUUUGAAGGUGGAGACUCAGCUUGGGAAGCAGAGAAAAUGGUGUCGUAUAAGAAAUCUGAAGUGCGAUUGAUUGAGAUUCAGGAAAAAUUAUGCAAAGAUGUUGAAAGAGGACAGAAACAGUGUGAAGCUGGUGCAGAGGAGCAUGAGGGACUGCUAGAAGACUGGUGGUUCCAGGAGCAGGAGGUGCAGCCUGACCUACACAUGUGGCUCUGUAUAGACACACUCAGGGUGUGCUGUCCCACUAAUCACUAUGGCCCUCGCUGCCUUCCGUGUAAAGGUGGCAUUGACAACCCUUGUAAUGGGAAUGGCAAGUGUAAGGGUGCAGGAACAAGGAAGGGAAGUGGUGACUGUUCUUGCAACCCAGGUUACAAAGGUGACAUGUGUGAUGCUUGUAGCUAUGGGUACUAUGAAGCAUACAAAGACGACACAAAGCUCCUGUGUGAACAGUGCCACAAGGCUUGCAAUGGCCCAUGCAGUGGGGUUAGUCAAAGUUACUUUAUUACAUAACUUUAUCUCCAAAAA